CCCAAUGGUGCACGUCUGUUCCACGGUUGGCCCGUUCGACUUGAGUGGUAGCAUGUCUUAACCAAUCAUCGCAGAACUCGGCCUCUUGCCAGGGUGAAGCCGUGCCCGCCUCUCUACCGGAUGAGGAUUUCUGGUGGGUGGAAACGGAAGUGACGCUUCAGAGGCUAGCUAAGCUCUGGGAGUGUUGAUAUUUUCCAGUCAGUCCGGCUGACUGGGGCCAAGUUGGAAGCCCGGAAGGGAGGCGAUUUAAAAACUGUCGUGCGCGGGGCAGGCCACGCUGUCCUGUUGCAGUGCCCCCGCCUGCGAGUCAGAGCCUCGGGGAGACGAGAGCACGACGGGACCGAGAGGAAAGGCAAGGAACAAGGGUGCCGACUUUGACUGAAAUCUGAGACAGAGGGCAGGGGAGGGCGAUCGUUCGCUUCUGAUUGGCUCGUGGGCAUCAUCGAGGACCCACGCAACCGCUUCGAUUGGUUGGUGCCCUCAAUUGUUGUGGCGGCUGCGAAGAUUUUGCCCACGUACUUCCGAGCGAGAGGCGGGGCUGUGCCCCGGCGCGCCUGCGCAACGCCCCGGGCCCCACCCGGUAGUUCAAGAACCUGCGAGGGGGCGGGGCGAAGAGGUGCUUGUUUUGGUUCUGUUUCCUUUGAAGCCGAAGGCCGGAACGAGCGUAGCAAUAAACUUGCUGGACUGGGAGAGAAGGCUACGACAAGCUCGCAGCGUGAGCCUUCAUCUUGGACAUCACAUCCGGGUUCUCCGGCCGGUGACCUGCGCGCUGCCGACGGUUCGAGAAUCGGUGCCUCGAUCUCUUUAUCCGGGUCCCGGCGAUCCCGUCGUGCUUCGCGCACCACUGCAGCCCCCCCUUAUCCGGGUCCUCUCCCGGCGUGCCCCGCGCCGAGUUUGCUGGGGGGUACUCAGCGGUGCAGCCAUGACUAUUCUCCCCAAAAAGAAACCACCGCCUCCCGACGCCGACCCCGCCAACGAGCCGCCGCCGCCCGGGCCGCUACCCCCGGCGCCUCGCCGCGGCGGGGGUGUAGGCGUGGGCGGCGGCGGCACGGGUGUGGGCGGCGGCGAUCGCGACCGUGACUCGGGCGUUGUUGGCGCCCGUCCUCGAGCCUCGCCACCGCCUCAGGGCCCGCUCCCGGGGCCACCGGGUGCCCUCCAUCGCUGGGCGCUGGCCGUGCCGCCUGGCGCCGUGGCGGGCCCCCGGCCACAGCAGGCCUCUCCUCCUCCUUGUGGGGGCCCCGGCGGUCCCGGCGGCGGUGCCAGUGACGCGUUGGGUGCCACGGCGACUGGCGUGGGCGCGGCGGGCGUGGUGGUGGGCGUGGGCAGUGCCGUGGGCGUGGGCGGCUGCUGCUCUGGGCCGGGUCACAGCAAGCGGCGGCGUCAAGCCCCUGGGGUUGGCGCGGUUGGCGGGGCCAGUCCUGAGCGUGAGGAGGUCGGCGCAGGUUACAACAGUGAGGAUGAGUAUGAAGCGGCUGCAGCGCGCAUCGAGGCCAUGGACCCCGCCACCGUCGAGCAGGAGCACUGGUUUGAAAAGGCCCUGCGAGACAAGAAGGGCUUCAUCAUCAAGCAGAUGAAGGAGGACGGCGCCUGUCUCUUCCGGGCUGUAGCUGACCAGGUGUAUGGAGACCAGGACAUGCAUGAGGUUGUGCGAAAGCACUGCAUGGACUAUCUGAUGAAGAAUGCCGACUACUUCUCUAACUAUGUCACAGAGGACUUUACCACCUACAUCAACCGGAAGCGGAAAAACAACUGCCAUGGCAACCACAUUGAGAUGCAGGCCAUGGCAGAGAUGUACAACCGGCCCGUGGAGGUGUACCAGUACAGCACAGAACCCAUCAACACAUUCCAUGGGAUCCAUCAAAAUGAGGAUGAACCCAUCCGUGUCAGCUACCAUCGGAAUAUCCACUACAAUUCAGUGGUGAAUCCUAACAAGGCCACCAUUGGCGUGGGGCUGGGCCUGCCAUCAUUCAAACCGGGGUUUGCAGAGCAGUCCCUGAUGAAGAAUGCCAUAAAAACAUCGGAGGAGUCGUGGAUUGAACAGCAGAUGCUGGAAGACAAGAAGCGGGCCACAGACUGGGAGGCCACAAAUGAGGCCAUUGAGGAGCAGGUGGCUCGGGAGUCCUACCUGCAGUGGCUGAGGGAUCAGGAGAAACAGGCUCGCCAAGUCCGUGGCCCCAGCCAGCCCCGGAAAGCCAGCGCCACGUGCAGCUCUGCCACAGCAGCAGCCUCCAGUGGUCUAGAGGAGUGGACCAGCCGGUCCCCAAGGCAGCGGAGUUCAGCCUCGUCACCCGAGCACCCUGAGCUGCAUGCCGAGCUGGGCAUCAAGCCCCCUUCCCCAGGCACUGUCUUAGCUCUUGCCAAACCUCCUUCACCCUGUGCACCAGGUACGAGCAGCCAGUUCUCAACAGGGGCCGACCGGGCUACUUCUCCCCUCGUGUCCCUCUACCCUGCUCUGGAGUGCCGGGCCCUCAUUCAGCAGAUGUCCCCCUCUGCCUUUGCAGGCCUGAACGACUGGGAUGAUGAUGAGAUCCUAGCGUCGGUGCUGGCAGUGUCCCAACAGGAAUACCUAGACAGUAUGAAGAAAAACAAAGUGCACAGAGACCCACCCCCAGACAAGAGUUGAUGGAGACCCAGAGACUGGAGACCAUCUCCCAUCCCCCACACUCCUGCCCUCUGGUGCCACCCCACCUUCUUUGGCUUUCUUCCCUCUUGCCUUCUUCCUUCUUCCCUCUCUCCCCUCCUUUCACUCCUCCCCACUUCCCUCUGGCUAGCCCACCCCUGCGCACCCUCUCAUCACUGCUACCACCAUCAUCACCUGUCUCUUCGCCAGCUGACGUGUCCUGUUGCCCCCUGCACAGCACCAUCCCUGCAUUCCACAGGGGACUCGGGCAAGGGUGCUGCAGGUAGGCGAGAGGCACACAGAGACAAACCAGCUGGCAGCCAGGCAGCCCCUGAGGAGAGACAUUCAGACAGAGGAAAGUCUCCCUGUCCCCGAUUCCUUUCAAGAUCAGAAACUUUUCACCCCACCACAAGUGAUGCUGGGGAGGUGGGAGGAAGAAGUGGGAAAAUCCCCUUCCCAGUACCCCAAGAAUGUCUGAGCCUUCAAUGUUCAUCUUUUACUUUAUUAAAAUAUACUUUUAUCUUAUAAAAUCAGCCAAUCAAAAAGUGAUGUAGACAACAGCACUAGCUCUAUGAAAGUGGCAUCUCUCUGGUUUGGGGGUUAGGCAGGCCACGGGGCACGAAGAUGUGAUUGAUGUCCCUGGCCUCCAGCUCUGUGGAGGUGGGCAGGGUCUAGUGUGAGCCAGGGUGGGGUGGGAGGGCAGGGGGGGGCAGGUGUCAAGUGGGCUUUGGACAAUGAGACUCUGACCUUGCUGCAUUCCUUAUGCUUCACCACCACCACCAGUCUUUUUGGAAUCUCGGGGUGGGGGGCACCUUUGAGGAUCAUGGCCGCCGCCCAGGAUUUGAGUGUGGGGGGUGGGAGCAGCCUUGGCAGAUGGGGCACCCAUGCCCUGCAGGUGUCAGCAAGAUCCGCCAUCUGUAAUGUCCUUGGCACAAUAAAACCAAAUGUCAGUUUCCCCUGAGCGCCUCUGUUCUGUGUGGGACAGGGGGUGGGUGAGCCUCUGAUCAGAGGCGGUGAUGGCACAGACCUUGACUUGACCUCUAAGGGCCGUAUGCUCUCCAUUGGGGUCUUUCUGGGGGCCCAGAGUUUGUUCAUAUUUGAUUCACUGGUUACUAAACCAGCUUUUGGACCUGUUACCACCAAGAAAGCUCUGUCUUUGUCCAUCGCCCUUGCCUCAGUAUUGACACAGGAUGUAGCCUGCCCACUCUAUUUCCUGGGGUGUGAUGGGAGCAAAGAACUGUGAGCUUAAAGGCAGGGACUGAACUUCCAACUUCUCUGCCUGCCUCUCGCCCCAAUAUGUUUGCUCUUUCCUUGUGAUUGUUUGAUUAGGAAAUGCUUUGGUCAGCCACAACGGUUGCUUCAUAGCAACAUGAGUUUAGUGGAAGUGACCAGAGGGGGACCCCCCCCACACACUUGGUUUUAGAAACCGAGGAAUAGCUAAACCUUUUUUUGUUCAUGUUCCCCAGUUCUCUUGACACUUCUGUCCUUGCCCUUCCUAGACUAGGUAAAGCCAAGGCAGAGAAGGAUGGCUGGCCCUCAGGAUUCGUCAGUUGUCUUUGAUGUCCCUCAAUAAUGGGGCCCUUGUGGAAGGAUGUGUGUCCAGUUCUGCAGGUGAGGGUGUGGCUGUCUGCAGGGUGUCUCUGUGGAAUCCACUGGUUAAGCACAUGUGUUGGAGAGUUGAUUUGAAACCUCGGCUUUUUCUAACUAUGUGGCCUUGGUCAAAUCACAGGCUCUCUGAGUUUCAAGUGUCCCAUGUGUAGGACAGGGGUGAUUAAUGUCUACUACCUCAUGCUCUCUCUGGUUGUGAGCAUUGAGAGAGUGUAUAUGGUCAACAUAACGUACGACGGCACAGUGCCUGCCACAUUCUGAGAGCUCAAAUGUUAGCAGGUAUUAUUUAUUAUCCUAAUGUUGAAGUUUCUGCACCAUUUGGCCCCUGCCUACUUCAUCUUGCCGCUCUGUCCAGUUUUCCUUGGCCUCUGCCUGGAAUUUGCCUUUCCUCUGUCCCAAGCCUCCAACCUUGUCUUUCAAGAUGGGUAGAGGGUCUCCUGAGAAGUCCUGUGUGACCCCGUCCACAUUCUCACCUCUAUCUACAAAUAUGUCUUUACUCCUUUCCCAGUAACUGUACUAUCUACUUCCUGGGCAAGGGCUAUGAUGCCUGACUUAUCUGUAUCUCUUAAUAUCUGCACCCCCUCUAGGGCCUUGCAGGCUUACAGUAGACCCCUAAUAAAUGUUGGAUGAAUAAGGGA